AGUACCAAAAUACAGCCGAAUCCAUCAAAUUCAUACUUCUUUCCCAAUUCCCAACUAGUAUUUCUCUAUCUUCCCAGCUCACAAAACACACACACACACACUCCCUCCCUCUCAAAAAGUAAACUAUGAACAUGAUACCCACUCCUUAAGAACUGAAAAAAACACCAAAUCUGAAAUAUUGAAACCUCAAAACCUAUUUGGGGUUUUGAGUUUUCCUGUUAAGGAAAAAAAAUGAGCUCAAAAAUCUUAAUUUUCUUCACCAUUUCAAUUUUCUUGAUUUUCCGGCCGACAACCUCAGACAUUGUUUCCGACCGUUCAACACUUCUUUCAAUCCGAUCUGCUUUACGUGGCCGUUCACUUUUAUGGAACAUAUCAAGUCCGACAUGUUCUUGGCCCGGUGUUAUUUGUUCACCGGACAAAUCCUCAGUUCUCGAACUUCAUCUCCCCGGAAUGGGACUUUCCGGCCAAAUCCCACCUGGUCUUUUCUCAAAUCUCACUAAACUAAACUUCCUUAGUCUUCGUUACAAUGCACUUUCCGGCGUAAUUCCGGCCGACUUAUUUUCUCCAUUAAAAGACUUGAAAAACUUAUACCUUCAGCAUAAUCUGUUUUCCGGUCCGGUUCCCGAUUCGAUUUUCAGUCUUUCUAAUCUUGUCCGGCUCAAUCUUGCUCAUAACAAUUUCUCCGGUCCAAUCCCUUCUUCUUUCAACAAUUUGACUGGUUUAGGUACACUAUACUUGCAGGAUAAUGGGUUUUCGGGUCAAAUACCGGAUCUGAAUUUACCCGGUUUAGUUCAGUUCAAUGUGUCAGAUAAUCAGUUAAGCGGGUCAAUUCCUAGUAAACUUUCGGGUCAACCCAAGGAUUCUUUUUUGGGUACUUCACUAUGUGGGAAACCACUGAAUUCAUGUGAUAAUAAUAAUAGUAAUGGAGAUGAAGGGGGAAAAAAGAAGAAACUUUCAGGUGGAGCAAUUGCUGGUAUUGUAAUUGGUUGUGUUAUUGGUUUGCUUUUGAUUCUUUUAUUACUGUUCUUUUGUUGUUGUCGGAAAAGGAGUAACAAAGAAACAACAAGAUCUGCUGACGUGGCAGGUGUUAAAGAAGUUGGAGUUGAAAUUCCUGAAGAAAAGGGUGUUGAGAAUAAUGGUGGAAAAGAUGGAUUUUUGGGUAGUGCAAUUGCAGCUAUAGGAGUUGGAGGGGGUAAUAAAGAUAAAGGAAAAGCUGAGGCAAUUGUUGGAAAUGGAAAAAGUUUAGUAUUUUUUGGAAAAAUGAAUAAAAGUUUUGAUCUUGAUGAUUUAUUGAAAGCUUCAGCUGAAGUUUUAGGAAAAGGGACAUUUGGUACUGCUUAUAAGGCUGCAUUAGAAUCAGGGAUUACAUUGGUUGUGAAAAGAUUGAGGGAUGUAACUGUACCUGAGAAAGAGUUUAGGGAAAAAAUUGAAGAAGUUGGAAAGUUGAAUCAUGAGAAUUUGGUACCUUUAAGAGCUUAUUACUAUAGUGGAGAUGAGAAGCUUCUUGUUUAUGAUUAUAUCUCAAUGGGAAGCCUUUCUGCACUUUUACAUGGCAACAAAGGAGCAGGUAGGACACCAUUGAACUGGGAAACAAGAGCUGGCAUUGCCCUUGGAGCUGCUCACGGGAUUGCCUAUCUUCACGCACAAGGCCCCUCCGUUUCACAUGGCAACAUUAAGUCGUCCAACAUCCUCCUCACCAAAUCAUACGCGGCCCGUGUUUCAGAUUUUGGCCUUGCUCAACUUGUCGGUCCAUCAUCAACUCCCAACCGAGUUGCAGGUUACAGGGCACCAGAGGUAACCGACCCUCGUAAAGUCUCCCAAAAAGCAGAUGUCUACAGCUUUGGCGUCUUGUUGUUGGAACUCCUAACGGGGAAAGCUCCCACCCAUUCUUUAAUGAAUGAGGAAGGC